AUGAAAGAUGAGUUGUCGCUUCGGCACCCUCCCUCUCUUGCACGGGUGACUGUGCAUUCGCCGGCAGCACAGCGGAAGUUUGCCAUUCUCGCUGGCUUUGUGGCCCUGCAUGGGCUGGCCCUGCAGUUCUGCAUCCAGACAUCUGGGGAGGCUCAUCAGGCAGCCCUUGAGCGAGUUCGGAAGCUAAACCGAGAGCAUUUCCUCAACGGUACGAAAGAAGAGGACAAGCUUCCGCAGGAGCAGCUACCAUCCGAGUGGGCUCCAAAUCCAUGGGCGAGCGCGUCGCUCUUCGCCACGAUCUCUCUUCAUGUCUUUUUCCAUCUUCUUUGCCACUGGAAGGUCGGUUUCCGAGCCUUCACAUUGUUUCAGCCUGCUCGCAAAGUGCGGGAAGGCUUCUAUGUUCAGGUCACUCCACUCCCGCACCGCGGUAGGCCGGCCUUGGUGCCGUUGACGUUCUGUGAGACGACUCUUCGUCUGACCUUCAUUUUCCAGCGUCAGCACUACGAAUGCCUCGAUCCAGGCGAAGGUGGCACUGAUCCAGACGAGGAGGUGGGAGAAGUGCGAUUGACGCCCUGUCCCGUCAACGAGCCACUCGCGCAGUACUUGGAGGCCACUGGCCUAGGCAAUGAUGAUGCUGAGCAUCUAAAGACUCGCUUUGGCGACAACUUGCUUGAGGUCGAACUCCCUACUUUCUUCCAGUGCUACAAGGAGCAGCUGCUGUCACCAUUGGUCAUCUUCCAGAUCUUCGUUGCCCUCAUUUGGGCAGCUGACGACUUCUUCAACUACACCUUAAUGCAAAUGCUGUUCAUUUUGACCAUGGAAUCCACAAGCGUCUUCCAGCGGCUCAAGACGAUGAAGAUGCUGAACAGCAUGGGCACGAAGUCUUACGGCAUCAUGGUCUACCGCGGGGGAUGCUGGGUCGAGAAGAGCACGUCCGACCUGGUCCCGGGUGACCUUAUCGAACUGGUGACGGUCGGCUAA